UUAGGGUUCUUAGAUUCAUGAGCAUUCUCACUCCGCCUUCUUCCCCCGCGCUCUCCUCCGCCUCGGACGAUUUUGCUCUCCUCCUCGAUUCCGAGCUCGCCGCUGAAUCUGCCGACGAAGGAUCCGAGCCCGCGGCCAACAGGGAGGAAGCGGAAGAUCUCGAUGACGAGAAUGAGGAGAGGAGGAAGAGAUUACGGCUGGAUUCCGCGAGCAAUUCGAGCUGUCCUCCACAUCCCGGAUUUAUGUGGGGCGUUUGUAUACGUUGCGGUGUGCUCAAGCCAAAUUCAGAGCCUGGAGGAAGCGCCAGCAACGUUGCCUUGAAAUACAUCCAUGAGGAGUUUGAGCUUGCUGGAGAUGUUCUAGCUCGUGUUCGUGAAGACGAGCUUCGGCAAGUGUUGGGCAAACGGAAGCUCUUCCUGGUUUUGGAUUUGGAUCAUACUCUACUGAACUCUGCGCGCUGGAUGGAAGUUUUUCCAGAUGAGACGGCUUACCUUGAGCACACCUACAUGAAUGUUCCGGAAGACAAAAUACCAGCAUUAUCCAAUGGUGCUCCAGCUGUUGCCGGUGUUAUUCAACCUGGAGGGGGAGGACUGCACCGGAUUCACGGCAUGCAAUUGUGGACAAAGCUGCGGCCUUUCGCUCAUAAGUUUCUAGAAGAAGCAAGCAAACUGUUUGAGAUGUAUGUGUACACAAUGGGCGAGAGGAUGUACGCUGUGACAAUGGCUCAUCUCCUUGAUCCCACCGGAAAGUUUUUCAAAGGUAGAGUCAUCUCGCAACGCGACAGCACUUGUAGACAGACGAAGGACCUGGACAUCGUUCUUGGAGCCGACUCGGCAGUGCUCAUCCUUGACGAUACAGAAGCGGUCUGGCCGAAACAUCGAGCCAAUCUCAUUGUCAUGGAGCGAUACCAUUUCUUCCAGUCAAGCUGCCGGCAAUUUGGUUUGGAAAACCCGUCUCUUACGAAGGCCGAGAGGGACGAAAGCAAAGACGAAGGCGCGCUAGCAAACGUGCUCAAAGUCUUGCAAAGGAUCCACAGCGACUUUUUCAUGGAAAGCGAUGAUUCUCGUUACACUUGCGACGUCCGCGAUAUCACCAGCGUCGUCCGGUCGGAAAUACUCUCGGGGUGCAAGCUCGUGUUUAGCCGGAUCUUCCCGACCGACUGCCUGGAACCCGAGCUCACUCCACUGUGGAGACUGUGCGUGGAUCUGGGGGCCGAGUGUGUUCUAGCGCACGACGACUCGGUCACUCACGUAGUAGCGCUGGAUCGAUUCACGGACAAGGCCAAGUGGGCGAAAGAGCACCGAAAGUUUUUGGUCCAUCCGGCGUGGGUGGAAGCAGCGCACUCGCUGUGGAGAAGACCAAACGAGUUGGAAUUCCCAGUGCGCGAAGGCCAAACGCGAGCUCCAGUGUUUACAUUUGCAAAGACUGUAAAUGUAGAAGUCGAAAGGAAUCGGGAAGAGAAAGACCAAACAAACUAGAACGAUGAAAUAGCUUGUGAGUGAUAUAGAAUAUUCGAAGUAUGACUGGAAUAUUCUUUUA